UUCUAAACCUAUAGCAAUUAUUGCUGUAGAUAAUAUCGAUUAAUCUGCUUGUUCAUUUUUAUUGACACUAAAGCAACUUUUUAUGUGAGAAAAUGAUAAAGUUCAACGUAAAAAUAACAAUAUAGCGCCUGUCAAGAACAACGUGCUUCACAAAAACGGAUACUGCAAGAUAUUAUAUAUAUUUAAAUAUCUAAAACAUAAGAUAUAACCACAUUUAACAGCUAAGAAUACGCUGUACGGUAAACGUGAGUCCGAAGAGAUUCAGAAGAAGUUUGUCUGAGUUUGUCUGAUGAGGAGAUCCACAGCUGAGGGUCCUGGUCACCGUUAGCGACAAGUCAAGACUUUGAAAUUGUUAGUAGGUUUAACCAAACUAAUUCACCUCAAAGAUUAAAAUAGAAAGUAUUUUGAUCUGAAUUGAUUUUAAUUGGGAUGAAAGAUGUGGUUUUUUUUUUCUGCAAUCUGAAUAGUAGUCAAAACAACUGUAGUUUACUCCUGUUACUGUUGUUCAAAUACAUAGUGACAAAUGGCAAUUACUUUGUGUUUGUGUAAUAAUAAAAGCACAAAUUUGUGAACAGAUUAGAGAAAACUGGAGAAAACAACGAACACCAGUUUUAUUUUUUAUUUAAUUCAUUGACAAAAGAAAAAAAAUACUAUUCAAAACAAUGCAAAAACUUCUGAAUGAAAGGGACAGAAUUAAUAAUAAACUUCUGUAAUCUGCUCAUUUUUGACAAUCAGUUUAAAAUGAGAAUUAUAUACAAGCAAAAUGACUCUAAAGUCUGAGAGGUCAGCACAGUCACUCUCAGAGUUUUCUCUCAUGACAAACACUAUGAUACUCUGACUUUGUUUAUUUUAAUAAUAUGCUGGUUUUAAUUACGUUAUUAAAUCUUGUGUGUGAUUUAGAUUCUUCUGAUUCCUUGUCUAGAUUGUUCCAUAAACUGACCCCUUUCACAGAAAUGUAGCAUUUCAUUAGUUUGGUCCUAAAUCUUGGUUUUAUGAAGAUCUCUGUUCUUUUCAAGUUCUACUUACUUUCUCUUUUUGCAAACCUGUUCUGGACAUUGACUGGUAAAGUUUAUUUAUGAGCUCUAUACAUAAUUUGCAGAAUACUAUAAUCUAUGUUGUGGAAUUUCAACCAUUUUAACUGAAAGAAUAAUGUUUUUUGUUGGAUUUCUAUAUAUUUUUUGACUGAUUAUUCUUUUGGCUCUUUGCUGUAAAAUGAAAAUUGACUGGAUGUUUGUCUUACAGGCAUUUCCCCCAAACUUCAACACAGUAGGUCAGAUAUGGAACAAUUAGAGAAUUAUAGAACAUGUAAAAUGCUUUGUUAUCCAACAAAUCCUUCACUUUGUAUAGUACAGGAAUUGUUUUUGAUGUUUUCACUUUUGUAUAAUUUCUAUAGCAUGAAGACUCUGAGGACAAACAGCCUGACUGUCUCUUUCUUGUCUGUUUGUCUCUCCUCAGCUCUGAUGGUAAUGUACAACACUGCAGAGCGGCAGUAUUUCAUCCAGAACAACAGUCUGACCUGGAAUGAGGCCAGGAACUACUGCCAGGUCUGCUUCACAGACCUGGUGACUCUGAGCCACGACAACAUCGAGGUAAUCGUCAAGAGGCUCAGCUCUCAGCACUGGAUCGGCCUACGGAAGAGCUUCAACUCAACCAGCAACUAUACCGGUAACAUCAGUAUGUCCUGGUCCCACUGGUCCAACGGGGAACCCCUCACCUUCCAGAACUGGUACCCUGGUUGGCCGCUGUUUAAACCCUCUGUCCCAGACGGUGACUGCUGUGGCUGCUCUUGCAACGAGGCAGCAGCAGCAACCGACAACACUGAUCUAAAUGUGACAGACUUUACCACAUUCUGGGAAACCAUCACUGACAACAUGACUAUAACUGAAGAUUACAUGAACGCCACAAGCUCAGUAUUCACAGACGCCACGCUCAUGAUGACAACACCACUGCCAACACCAGCUGUGUCAGUGACCAGUGAUGGUUACAUUGAGGACUCCUGUGUGGCCAUGUUCAGCUUUGGGCCUUGGGUUGAAAAAAACUGCUUGGAGCUUCUGCCGUUUAUUUGUUAUGAAGAUCAUUCCCCUGGAUAUUUUAAAGUCAACGUGACCAGUAUAACUUCAGAAAGUGCCACUGUGACGUGGCAGCAGCUGCCCGGCGGAAUCAGCCAUUAUCGUGUGGGAGUCAAAGGCGACAAAGAACUGACUGACAGUAAAACUGAUCGGACCUACAACCUUGUCAACCUCACAGCAGGCACUUGCUAUGUAGUCCAUGUGUUCCCUGUGAAGUGUGAGAGAGAACUGAACCCCGGGAACGUCGCUUUCUACACCAAACCAAACAAAGUGGAAAACUUCACAGUCACCAGAGUAACAGAAACAUCCAUCCAAGUGAACUGGAGCAAACCAGCCGGAAACAUGGAUUUCUAUGUUCUUCGGGUUGGUAGUCGGCACUUAAAUAUUACCACAGAGGGUGGAGAAGUUGAUGGUUUGACGCCUGGAAGCUGUUACACAUUGACUGUCCUCUCAGGAGUCAACGACUACUCAAUGUGGAGUGAAGAAUCUAACAUCACAGCGUACACCAAGCCUUGUACAGUGUCCAACCUGAGUGUUUCUGACAAUACCAAACACUCAGUGUUUCUCCACUGGGAUCCACCUGUGGGAGACUUCACAGGUUUCUUGGUGAAGGCUAUAAACAGCACCGAUGACGUAUUGUUUGAGGUCGAGGUGAACCGAACCGUGUGUCAAGUGCCAGUAACAAACCUGCCGAUGGGCACCGAGAUAACCCUUGUGGUGUUAGCUCUGGCUAAUAAUAGCCUGCAGGGAGACAACACAACCAUCCUCACAUACACUGCCCCAGGACCAAUUUCAAACCUGACUGUGAUCACAAGCCAUAGCUCCCUUAACGCCACCUGGACCAUCAAUGAGGGGAAUGAUUCAUAUUUUACUGUCAAGCUUCUGCUGGAUGGGAAACUGGAAGAACCAGGAAGAAACGUAACAGAAGCUAGGGUGACAUUUGAUGACUUGAAGACUGCAGCCAACUACACUGUGGUUGUCUACGCUGUUAGUGGACAUCUCAAAAGCCUGCCAAUGGAAGUCUCCAAUUUUACCUUGCCAUCUCCACCGACAAAUGCCAUUGCCACUUUUGUCAACAAAAGCACAAUCACCUUUAAGUGGACCGCCCCUGAGAACAUAGCAAAAGCCACGUACCUUGUCAAACUCAGCUCUGACUUCUAUGGUCAGAGCUGGUCUGCUAAUAUCACUAACAAAACCAGCUAUACUUUUUCUAACCUGACAUCAGGAACCAAAUACUGUUUUGAAGUGUAUGUAUUGGGAGGUGAACUGACAAGUCCCCCAGAAAGAAACUGUACUGUGAAAACAGAACCCGAGGAAAGGCAAAUCAGCCUGUCAAUGCUGUGCUCUUCUGCAAUAUCUCUCCACUGUGAUGAAAGCGCCACAAGGACACAUGUUUUUGAACAGUUGCACGAUCAUUUCUCCAAGCUGUUGAAGGACGACAUUGUUUGGGCCCUGGAGGCAACUGAAGAAUAAGACACAAUGUCUGUUUUACAAAUGUGUCAUGUUUUUUUUUCUGGCAAACUUUUUGCGCCGCAUAUAAAAAAGAAUACAUGCAUUGAUUCAAUACUAAUAAUAAAAUACUAUUCGUAUCUUAAUCAUUUGUUGCAUUACUCUUAGUUUGUUUGCAUUUUUCCUUGAUGUGCACACAUAUUCCAUCUAUUCAUAUUAUGUUUUCUUGAUGUUGUUGCAAAUUUUAUUUCUACAACACCUUUCAAAAUCAGUUGCAAGGUGCUUUACAAAAAAAAAAGCAAAACUAAAACAUAAAACAUUAAAGAUUAUUAUUAUUCAGGACAAUAAAUAAAACAAAUGACACAUUGUCAAAAUAAAUAUCCUCACACAAACAUUUGCAUCAGUGCAAUUUGAGAAACUAAGACAAAGCAAUAACUUGAUGCACUCAAAAUUGGAUGUACUAAGUUUAAAAUUACAAGAAAAUAAAGAGGUCAGAUGUCAGUUUAUUUUAUUGGAUAAUGCUUUAAUCUAUUUUUCUUUUCAUGAUGUGGCAUAUUUGUAUCUGAUGUUUUAAAUAAAUGAAUUCAAAACUC